AGCGUCCUUUCCCUUUUCAGACGCGAGUUCAUGGUAGAAGCGAAAGCCAAGGGGAGCGCGGGCGCGAUGCAGAGAGGAAGAAUCUAGCGCUAGAGUUUUCCCAUCCUCCCCAAUCCGAUCCCACGCCCGUUGGAUCGUUCGCGGAUCUCCCUCGCCCAGCGUUGCUUUUCCCCGAUCGUGGGCGGAACCUAGGUCCGAGCCGCGCUGAUGCUCUCGCUGCAGGGUGAUGCGCGGCAGCUGCAGCCGCAGCAUCAUCAGUUGCAGUCGCCUCCGCAGCUGCAGCAGCUGUUUGAGCCGAGCGUGCCUGGCGGAUUAGGGUUGCACGUCCCGGAGGUCAGCGAUGCGGAGGAGACUCUGUUCGCUUUGCAGUUGCUUGAUGGCUCGGCCGAUAUCAAGGCCUUGAUCCCGAAGCCGGUCGAAGGUAAUGAAGACAUCCACCUGAACCUUGCUCACGAGAACUACAAAGCCGGAAACUAUAAUAAGGCAUUGGAGUACAGCAACGUCGUUUAUAUGAAAAAUCCAAAACGAACUGACAAUCUUCUUCUUCUUGGUGCAAUAUACUAUCAGCUACACGAUUUUGACGCCUGUAUUGCAAAGAAUCAAGAGGCUCUUUCAAUUGAUCCUCAUUUUGCAGAAUGUUAUGGUAACAUGGCAAAUGCUUGGAAGGAAAAGGGCGACAUUAAUCUUGCUAUACAACUUUAUCAAGCUGCUCUGAAGCUGAGACCAAGUUUCUCUGAUGCAUGGUCAAAUUUAGCUAGUGCGUACACUAGAAUUGGAAGACUGAAUGAUGCAGCUCAAUGUUGCCGCAAUGCUCUUGCACUAAAUCCUCGAUUGGUUGAUGCUCAUAGUAAUCUCGGAAAUUUGAUGAAGGCUCAAGGCUUGAUUCCAGAGUCUUAUAAUUGUUACUUGGAGGCUUUGCGAAUACAACCUACAUUUGCAAUUGCUUGGUCCAAUCUUGCUGGGCUUUUUAUGGAGGUAGGAGAUCUUAACAGGGCACUUUUAUAUUACAAGGAAGCAGUUAAGCUUAAGCCAAAAUUUGCAGAUGCCUACUUGAACCUAGGGAAUGUUUACAAGUCAUUGAGAAUGCCUCAAGAUGCUAUUUUGUGCUAUCAGCAUGCUAUACAAGCACGCCCAACUUACGCGAUGGCAUAUGGAAACCUUGCUGGCAUCUAUUAUGAACAAGGUCAACUUGACAUGGCAAUUCUGCAUUACAAGCAAGCUAUCAACUGUGAUUCUACCUUUAUUGAAGCUUACAAUAAUCUGGGGAAUGCUCUCAAAGAUGCUGGACAUGUGGAAGAGGCUAUCAACUUCUAUAGGUCAUGCCUUGCUUUACAACCUAACCAUCCACAAGCUUUGUCAAGUCUUGGCAACAUAUACAUGGACUGCUUCUCUUCAUGUAGCAACAUGAUGAGUGUUGCUGCAUCAUUCUAUAAGGCAACUUUAGCAGUUACAACAGGGAUCUCUGCGCCCUUCAACAACUUGGCUAUCAUAUACAAGCAACAGGGAAAUUAUGCAGAAGCGAUAGCCUGUUACAAUGAAGUUCUUCGCAUUGAUCCUUCUGCUGCUGAUGGUCUUGUCAAUAGAGGGAACACAUUUAAGGAGAUUGGUAGAGUUACUGAAGCAAUUCAGGAUUAUAUACGAGCUGUGAAUAUCAGACCAACUAUGCCUGAAGCCCAUGCAAAUUUGGCUUCAGCUUACAAAGAUAGUGGCCUUGUGGAAGCAGCUAUAAAGAGUUAUAGACAGGCAUUGAUGUUACGUCCAGAUUUUCCUGAAGCAACUUGUAAUCUUCUACAUACUCUACAGUGUGUUUGUGACUGGGAUGACAGAGAGAAGAGGUUUUCAGAAGUUGAAGGCAUCAUUAGAAGGCAGAUAAAGGCGUCGGUUCUUCCAAGUGUGCAACCAUUUCAUGCUAUUGCAUACCCAAUUGACACAGUGCUUGCAUUGGAGAUAAGUCGAAAAUAUGCAGUACACUGCUGGUUAAUUGCUUCACGUUAUGCACUACCUGCAUUUGUCCAUCCACCUCGUAUUCCUCUGAUGGCUGACAGUAAAAGUGGGAGGCUGAGGAUUGGGUAUGUUAGCAGUGACUUUGGCAAUCACCCACUCUCACAUCUUAUGGGCUCUGUAUUUGGAAUGCAUAAUCGAGAGAAUGUUGAGGUUUUCUGUUAUGCAUUGAGUCAAAAUGAUGGCAGUGAGUGGAGGCAGCGUAUCCAAUCUGAAGCAGAACAUUUUAUUGAUGUGUCUUCAAUGUCAUCUGAUUUGAUUGCUAGAAAGAUCAAUGAAGAUACGAUACAUAUCCUAGUAAACCUCAAUGGUUACACUAAGGGUGCAAGGAAUGAAAUUUUUGCAAUGAAACCAGCACCAAUCCAAGUUUCAUACAUGGGUUUUCCAGGAACCACAGGUGCAGCUUACAUUGAUUACUUAGUCACUGAUGAGUUUGUUUCUCCUACACAUUUAUCACAUAUCUAUUCAGAAAAGCUAGUCCAUCUUCCUCAUUGUUACUUUGUGAAUGACUAUAAACAGAAAAAUCGUGAUGUUUUGGUUCCUAUCAGUCGGCAUAAACGAGCAGAUUAUGGUUUGCCAGAGGAUAAAUUUGUUUUUGCAUGUUUUAACCAGCUAUACAAGAUGGACCCAGAUAUAUUCAAUACCUGGUGCAAUAUUCUGAAACGUGUUCCCAAUAGUGCAUUGUGGCUACUGCGAUUUCCUGCAGCUGGUGAGACGAGACUGCGUGCAUAUGCCGCUGCUCAGGGAGUUAAGCCGGAUCGGAUCAUAUUCACAGAUGUUGCUGCAAAGAAUGAGCACAUCAGACGCAGUGCUUUGGCCGACCUAUUUCUUGACACGCCCCUAUGUAAUGGGCACACAACUGGAACUGAUGUGCUCUGGGCUGGUUUGCCAAUGGUAACACUUCCCUUGGAGAAAAUGGCUACCAGAGUGGCCGGAUCUCUUUGUCUGGCCACUGGAGUAGGGGAGGAGAUGAUUGUUGACAGCUUAAAAGAAUACGAAGAAAGAGCAGUAGGUUUGGCAGAAAAUCCUGCAAGGCUUCUGGCGCUUUCUAAUAGGCUAAAGGAAGUUCGGAUGACUUGCCCACUGUUUGACACUAAAAGAUGGGUCACGAAUCUGGAGAGGUCAUACUUCAAAAUGUGGAACUUGUACUGUGUGGGCAAUCAUCCUCAGCCCUUCAAAGUGACAGAAAACGAUACUGAGUUCCCAUACGAUCGAUAGACCAACAAUGAGAGUUGCUUAAUCCCAUUGGAUUUGUUUACCAAAUGCACUGUAACACUUGAGUUUGCCCGGUUAUUAGCUUAGGUAGUGAUUGUUUUAUGAAGAGGCAAAGUUUUAGUCGAGGGAGGCGGGCUUAUGUAGUAUUAGUAUACAGUGUGUUGUUGGACCUAAAUAUAUAUAUGGUGCUCUACCUGUUGGCAAUUUCUAUCGUAA